UGCUAAGGGGUCUAUGCCAGAAUGCCAAAGUUAUUGUUUUCCAAGAUAAGGAUCUACGAGUUCAACAGCCUCCUAUCCAGUGGAAAGAAGACAAGCAAAUUCCAUCUUCUCCUCAGCAGAAAGAGGCAGAAGGACAACAUCAGGUGCAUCCUGGUGCGUAAGGUGGCAGACAGAACCUCAUUGUGUGCCGAUUACGAUUACAGGUCAAUUAGGGGUCAGAAUGCAGAGAGGGAUUCACUGGCUGAGUUUCUGAAGAACAAAUACUACAUGGCAGCCUUCAGGGAAUUCCUGCGCUCGGAGUUCAGUGAGGAAAACCUGGAGUUCUGGCUGGCAUGUCGGGAAUACCGGGAGUCGACCUCAUCAGCACGCCGCUUCCUGAGAGCUACGGAGAUCUACCAGGAGUUCCUACACCCCACAGCAGAGAAGGAGGUGAACCUCAACCAGCGCACACGAGACAGGGUCAAAGGUCAGAUGGCAUCGGCGUCUGCGUUGCCACGGUGUUUCGAGGAGGCGGAGUCUGAGGUGCUGAGGUUGAUGGAGACGGACUCUUGGCAUCGCUUCCUAAAAUCCACUUCAUCUUCCUGAUCCACUUCCUGCCAUACUCCCCGAGAGACCACAGGACCAGAGGUUCUUUCCAUUGUCCUAACCUCCAUCCUCAACCCCUGCUUGUUACCUUGUGCCUCCCUGACGACCCGCCUCCGAGGAGAAAUCAAUAAAGUUUCCCCGCUGUCAGCACAGCCACAACAAUUUUGGGUGACUUUUCCCCAUUUAACAUCCCCAUUGCUGAUGAGAAAAUUACCUUUGAAUUGCGCUUUUGUGAGAUAUUGAAUUAAACUUCUAUCGUCAACAAUGUUUUGUGAUGUCAUCACAAGGCCUCAAGCGCAAGGGAGGACAGGAGUCAGUUUAAUGGAAAGAACUCCAGAACUUCAGGAUGUUGGGGACAAGAACUUCAGGAUAUAGAUACCCUCCUACAGUAUACACAGGCAUGGCACAGUACAUUUUUACAAGCCUUUUAGGGAGGCAUCUAAUCAGACAUUUCUCCUACCCUCCUAUCCAGGAACUGUAGCCUGUAACAAAAGUAACUUUUAGAUAUAAUGUAUAAUUGUAUCCAUGUCAAUGCCAAGUUCAGAAAUAAACACCUUCCAAAUCAAACGCUAUUUGAGGUCUAUUUGACGAUUUGGGUGUCAGACCUGCCGGCUUGACUCCCGACCAUCCAGGUUGGUGGGAGGAGUAAUUAAUUAGUGCCCUUCCCCAUCCUCCUCUAUUACUGAGGUACCCUGAGCAUGUUACCGUCCCGCUGCACUGCCCCUCGUGGGUCGCUGUUUGCAGCUACUUCCUUGCAGGGGUGAGGCAUAAAUGCAAUUUUGUUAUGUGCAGUGAGCAGUGCAUGCAGUGUCACAAUGACAAUGGGAGUUACCCAGGUGUGCUUUCACUAUUUACUUUUAUUUCAACAGGCAGUUUACAUAGGUUAUGUGUCAUGAUUAUGACUAAGGGUGUCAUCAUUUGUAUUGUAUAAGAUUUAAUAGGCGUUUCCGGCCUACUUUCCACCUGUGGGCCCUCCAUUGGUCUGUGUCUGUGACAUACAGUGUAUGGAUGGUUCUGGAAAUGCAUUGGUUGGCCCAGCUGUGGCUCACUUGGCUGGGCACUCGACUGCUAAAGCAGGGACUCGGGUUCGAUUCCGGACGAGGUCAUUUGCCAAGCUUUCCCCAUCUCUCUCUCCCCGCUCCUUUCCUGUCCCUCUGUUACUGUCCGAUCACAAUAAAGGCAUAAAAAACCAAAAAAAUGCAUUGGUUUUGGCCUCUUGUUUACAAAUAAACUGAGUUUGAGAAAACUCUGAUUAUAAAAAUAUCCGGUACUAAGCCGGUGACCCGGAUUCGGGUCAUUUGCCGAUCAUCACAGGUCAUUUGCCGAUCCUUCCCCAUCUCUCUCCCCACACUUACUUCCUGUCAUAAUCUCCACUUC